AAAAAACAAGUAUGGAAGCUGAAAAGGUUAAUAUAUGGCUAGACUGUGAUGUUGGCAACGAUGAUGCUAUGGCAGUUAUUUUAUCAUUGUUUCAUCCAAAAUCGAAUCUACUUGGAAUUUCCACAUGUUUUGGUAACACAAGGUAGUAGUUUUUAUCGAAAAUAGUCUUGAAAACUGCACAAAUAACACUAUUCGUAUACUGAGUUCAUUAGGGCGUACUGAUGUACCUGUGUAUAAAGGAGCUGAAUUUUCAUUAAAAUCGACAAGAGCUACAACUAAAAUGCAUGGGACAUAAGGUUGAUUGAUCAAAAUAUCUAUUUUAGGGUUGUAUUCGGUUGAUAAAUUGAUUUCUUCCUUCAAGCCCUUAGAAGACAUAGAAUUAUAUGAUCUGAUUAAAUAAACUGCAGGGGAUUAACAAGUAUAAGUAUAUAAUAACUUAGUUUACAAUUGUCAUAACAGGUCCAUAGACUAACAUUGCCAAGUUACUUCGGGAUCACGAGGACAUUAUUCCAUAAAUUUCAGAGAUUGUGUUUAUGGGUGGAACAUCAGGAUUUGGGAAUGUGACACCUAAUUCUGAAUACAAUAUCUAUUCAGACCCUGAGGCUGCACAAUUUGUUAUUGAUAUAUGCAAAUUGCAUUCAUUGAAAUUGGUUAUGAUUUCAUUAGAUCUAACUUACGUACUAUACAUUAAUUUAUAAAAUUAUUAGACAUGUUAAUUAUUAGAACCACUUUAAUAAAGAAUCAAAAGCAUAAACACAAAGUUUUCAGAUUGGUGUUUGGAAAUGCUCUAAGAAUAUCAAGCAGCAUACAAGGCACAAGAAUUUGAUUUUCCUCCAAUUCAUGAUCGUAAUAUAUAGAUUCUAAGUUUAGCUGUUGCUGUAUUUUAUGCAUUACAUCCAUAAUUGUAUGUAAUAAAACCUGUUUAUUGUGCAGUUGAUUGUGAAUCUAAAUUGUGUUAUGGAAGAACUGUUAUUGAUAAAUAAGGAAUUCUUGGAUAAGAGCCAAAUAUAUAGUUUGCAAGAAAAGUAGUUGUUAAUGAAUUUUGGAACUAAAUGAUUGAGGCCAUUCAAGUUGCUGCAAAGAAUUCAAAAAUUGAAUGA